AUGAACAAAGGUUUUACUUUUCUGAUAGUUCUUGCAUAUGCAGGAUUGAUAACGGAUUCCUAUGCUGAUGUAUGCGUGGAUAAAAUUCCAGACUGUGCAGAGUACACGUUAGAUUCCUGUAAACCUCAAUACGUAACGUGGGCCUACGAGAAUUGUCCAGACUUUUGUGGAUUCUGUCGCAAGCAAUGCCUAAAUAAGAGAAGUGAUUGUCAUGAAUUUGGUAAAACAAUGUGCCAGCCACCUUAUGAAACCUGGGCAAAGAGGAACUGUGCAGAAUACUGCGGUUAUUGUGGGGCAGAAUCAAAAUGUCUAUACAGUCCAUGGAUAACACUGACACGUUGUUCUAAGUCUUGUGGAACUGGUUUCACCACACAAAUAAGAACUCAGCACCACGUUCCCUCUGGUACGCCACUGGCUAAGGAUUGUACUGAAGCUUUGUUCAGGAACAAGUCUUGCAACACAAAUUCAUGUAAAGUUCCGGAAACAGUGUUGAAUCCAGACCUUGUGACAGUAAAGAACCCGGUUCCUGUGACGGAAAAGACCCCGGUCUUUGUACCUGACCCAGUCAUUGAUCAUGGACCGUUAAUACCUAAUGUAGACCCCGUAGAUGUGGGGGCAGCUGUGGGAACAGCGGGGGCUAUUGGGGUAAUUGGAGCCCUGCUCACAGAAAUACUGCCCGUGUUACCACUCUUUGCUUUUGGAAAACGCUCUACAACCGAGGAGGCGGCUGCUUUUCAAAAUCUCAUUAAGGAAAUUCUAAUUAUAAAUGCUAAAAACAAUGAUAAAUUUAUCUAA